AUGUACGCCGGGAGGAAGAGGAAGAAGCCGGUGCCAAAGAGCCCCAAACCACCACCCCCUGAGGGUGUGAAGUCCAACCCCUCCAAGCGGCAUAGAGACAGACUCAACCAGGAACUGAACAAGCUGACUGGCUUGCUGCCCUUCCCCGAAGAUGUGUGCACCAGGCUCGAUAAACUCUCCAUUCUACGGCUCGCUGUUGGGUACCUGAAGGUGAAGAGCUACUUGAUGGCAGCAGCUACAGAUGUUGGCAACUCUGUGGUGGAUCAGCCCAGACCCUCAGGAGGGAAUGGACGGACAGACCUGCAGGUCAAUGGGGAGCUGUUUCCCGAGGGAGAAUUGCUGCUUCAGGCACUUAAUGGAUUUGUCAUCGCUGUGACUGGAGAUGGCUACAUCUUCUACAUCUCUCCUACUGUGCAGGACUAUCUGGGCUUUCACCAGUCGGAUCUCAUCUACCAGAGUGUGUAUGAGCUGAUCCAUGCGGAUGACAGAGCUGCUUUCCGUCGCCAGCUGCACAGAGCUCCAGCAUCGGGCAGCACGCAGCACACUUCCGAUGCCUUUCCCACUGACCAGCCGCUGCUGGCGGGACAUGGCACUGCACCCAGCCCCCAGCACCUCUGCCUGGAGAAGCCCUCCUGCGUGGAGAGGAGCUUCACCUGCCGCUUCCGCUGCUUGCUGGAUAACUCCUCGGGAUUUCUGGCCUUGGAUUUCCGUGGACGCUUGAAAUUCCUUCUUGGGCAGCAGAAGGCAGCAUCAGACAGAUUCCCACUUGCUCUCUUUGCCAUUGCAACUCCCCUCCAGCCGCUCUCCAUACUGGAGCUUCGGACCAAGACGUUGAUCUUCCAGACAAAGCACAAGCUGGACUUCACUCCCAUGGCCUGUGAUUCCCGGGGGAAGGUCGUCCUGGGGUACACAGAAACGGAGCUGUGCAGGAGGGGGUCUGGGUACCAGUUUGUGCAUGCAGCUGACAUGAUGCACUGCGCGGAGAACCACAUGAGAAUGAUGAAGACAGGGGAGAGUGGGCUGACGGUUUUCCGGCUGCUGACCAAGAAGAGCGGCUGGGUGUGGGUGCAGGCCAAUGCCCGGCUGGUGUACCAAGGAGGCAAGCCCGACUGCAUCAUUGCCCGGCAGCGAGCCCUGUCGAAUGAAGAAGGGGAGGAACACCUGCGGAAGAGAAACCUGCAGCUGCCUUUUAGCUUUGCCACAGGGGAAGCAGUCUUGUAUGGGAAUGACCUUCCCGAGUUACUGGACUCCUUCCAGGCUAAGAAGGAGUUGCAGACACAAGCCAACUGCCGCUCAAAGCAGCACUUGGUAGACCCCAACUCUCUUCUUGGGUCCAUGAUGAAGCAGGAUGCAUCCAUAUAUGUCUCCCAUGCCGAUAACGUGCCUCAGUUCUCCUUGCCAGAUCUCAUCGCUGAGCCUGAUGGACCGAGCCAUAAUGACAAAGCCAGCGAUGCUAAGGACAGCAACUCCCUCCUGGUCAUUAUCGAAACUCUGCUUGAGAAGAGUGAGAUGGAUGGAAACAUUUGCCAGACCCUCCAGAGCCUCAACGUGGACAAUGAGGAGCUGCAGCGGUGGGAGGAGGCACUGCUCAGCUUGGGCACAGAGGAGCCACCAGCUCAGGAGGCUGGCGAGAGGCUGGGCACUGAGGUCACUGACGUAGAGCAGAUGCUUCUCAGGCAGGACUUCCUGGAGAAGGACUUCCCACACUGCAGCACAUCCCCCUGCAAUGAGGAAGGCAGUGCUGCGGCUCAUUUCCAGCACUCUUGGGCAGCUAAUUCAGGGUUUCAAGCCCCACCACAGCCGCAGGCACCUGGUGCACAAGGCCAAGAUGCUGUGGUCUCUCUGGUCUGUGUUACAUCCCAGGUCAGCUCUGCUCAGCCAGAACAGCUGGUCCCAUUUAACCCAGCUGAGCUGGUAGAGGGAACUCUUCUGGAUGUCUCAGGCUCCAGCAGCAAGCCCCCUGUAGCACUUCAGCUGGCAAACCUGGGACAAGUGCUUCAAGCAGAAGCUACCACCUCUGCUCUUGUGGAUAACAGUACUCCUGAUGAUCAGAGCCAAUCUAGGUGUGAGUUGGCAGGCUCAAGCUGCCCACCUCCAUUGCACUCAAACACACCAUUGACUGGGUGGUACAAUGUCCCGGUCCAGGCAAACCCAGCCAGUGCCUUGGGCCAGAGUGCUUCUCCUGGAGGUUGCCCAUCAGAGGCUUGGAUGGCCACAGCUCUGAAACAGCUGGAAGCAUCAGGAACUCACCUGGAGUCACAAACCCUGCUGGCUGGCAGCCCCAAGAGCCCCCUGGGUGCUGGGCUGUGGUUGCUGUCCUCCCAACCUGCUCCUUGCCCUGCAUGGGGCUCGCAGGAGUCCUUGUUCUCCAGGGCUGGAGACAUCCAUGGUGAGGAGAGCACUCUCCCUGCAGGAGCAUCAGCACCCUUAGGAGUCAGCCAGCUGCCAAGGAGUGGUGGCUUCCCCAGACAGUCCCCAAUACUUCCCCCAGAGUUCAGUUUUUCCUGGGAAGGGGAGAACAACAAGUGGUUCACGCAGCCGUGGCUGCUGCAGGCUGGGGCAGCUCCUCAGAGAUGUGGUGGGACAGAUCUAGUGCAACACAGCGAACUCCUGCUGGGGUCUGGCAUGGGUCCCAGCACCCACCGAAUGGACCGUGUUGUGGCACCUGAGUGCCAGUAUGGAAACAGGUUUUUUGGACAUGAGAGCAACUUUCUUAGGGAUGCCUCUAAAAUAUCCCUAGCCCAGCAUGCAGGUGCUUUGCAUUGCCCCAGCGAGAGCCACCCUGGAGCAUCAUGUUCCUCACCAGGCUCAGUUCUGAGAUGCUCAGCAGCUCUCCCUGCAAAGGUGGAUGCAGGAGUGCCUCCCUCUGACUGGGGCCCUGACUUCCCACCAGCAUCCUUUGCAGGUGGGCAGCCACUCUGUGCCUGUGAGGUCCAACUCAAGGUGAGGUGUGAGGGCUGCAGGACCUGA